GUCGCUGCUGCCGGGUUGCCAGCGGAGUCGCGCGCUGGGAGCUACGUAGGACAGAGAAGUCAUGGCUUCUCCGUCCAAAGGCAGUGACCUGUUUUCGUCCGAUGAAGAGGGCCCGUCGAUGGUGGCCGGGCCGGGCCCGGGGCCUGGGGGCGCCGAAGGAGCCGCGGAGGAGCGCCGCGUCAAAGUCUCUAGCCUGCCUUUCAGCGUGGAAGCGCUCAUGUCCGACAAGAAGCCGCCCAAGGAGGCGUCCCCUCUGCCAGCCGAAAGCUCCUCCGCCGGAGCCACCCUGCGGCCACUGCUGCUGCCCGGACACGGCGCCCGAGAGGCACACAGUCCAGGGCCGCUGGUCAAGCCCUUCGAGACCGCCUCGGUCAAGUCGGAAAAUUCUGAAGACGGAGCGGCGUGGAUGCAAGAAGCUGGCAGAUAUUCGCCGCCGCCGAGACACAUGAGCCCCACCACCUGCACCCUGCGGAAACACAAGACCAAUCGGAAGCCUCGCACACCCUUUACCACAUCCCAGCUCCUUGCUCUGGAGCGCAAGUUCCGCCAGAAACAGUACCUCUCCAUUGCAGAGCGUGCGGAGUUCUCCAGUUCUCUGAACCUCACAGAGACCCAGGUCAAAAUCUGGUUCCAGAACCGAAGGGCCAAGGCGAAAAGACUGCAGGAGGCAGAACUGGAAAAGCUGAAAAUGGCUGCAAAACCUAUGCUGCCCUCUGGCUUCAGCCUUCCUUUCCCCAUCAACUCACCCCUGCAAGCUGCAUCCUUAUAUGGGGCGUCCUAUCCUUUCCACAGACCUGUGCUCCCCAUCCCGCCCGUAGGACUCUAUGCGACUCCAGUGGGAUAUGGCAUGUACCAUCUCUCCUAAGGAAGAUGAGCUCAAUAGACUCUAUGAUGGAUAUCUGUUUAAAAGGGUUCCCCCUCCCUCUGCAAGAAGGCAGUACCAAGCCAGUUCUCCUGCUCUGCCGAUCUCCGAUCUCCGUGCACCACCCUAAGCGGCCACGCCAUAUAGUUCACAUUUGUUCUUUAGACUCAAGCACCAAGCCCCCUUGCGUGUGCUCUUGGUGUAAUCUUCAGAUGUCCCCUGCUCCUUUCACAAAGAUUGGCUCUGGUGGUUUUAUAUAUAUAAAUAUAUAUAUAAUAAAAUAUAAUACAUUUUUAUACAGCA